CUUGACCCGGCGUCUUGAUAAUAAUACCCAUCCUAUGCGGAGCCGCUGUCAUUGGGGAGUUUGAACCCUCACAUUGUCGGGAAGUUGUGCAGGGUCUUCCUGGUUGCCAUGGAUUCCUAAAAGCUCUUGAUGCUGGUCACGAUUGGUUCCCUUCCUUUUAACGUCUUUGUUUGGGAAAACCGAUUUUUUCUCUCUCUUUUGGUGAGAGAGGGAUAGUAUCUUGGGAGUAAUAUUCUCUUAUCGAAGCUCCUCCUGCUCGCUCUCGUUUCACAUUUUGCUACUGUAGCGAGCGCGGCUGAGCUGAAGAGCUUUAAACGUGUUCUCUGUCACUGCAGUGGAAUGAGCGAUUCUUAAAGGUGUCGCGUGCUGACGUGCCGCUGACUGAGAUGAACUGAGAAGCGGGAGGGAGCAGCAGCGUGGUUUCUUCCCCGAACUCCAAAGGUUCCCCUCAGCCGUAGAGCAAUGCGUUUGCUCCCGGGCCCGGGCGUGGCCUUCCUGUUGGGCGUGGCCUCCAGCAUCAUCUGCCUUGCCCCUGCCCUUGACAUCCCACUAGAGGUUUUAGAUCAAGUAAACAUUGAGCAGCUGCCCACCAUCACUGCUCAGGCUCCCAGCUUUCUGAUUGCCUUCCCGUUUGACGAGAGCUUCUCCAUGACGUGUGAAGCCAAAGGCAAUCCCGAGCCCACAUACCGGUGGACAAAAAAUGGCCGGGAGUUUGACCCACAGCAAGACUCCAGGGUGAUAAAGGAGGGAAACUCUGGGACGUUUGCAAUCCUAAAUAAAGGAAACCUGACACAGUAUCAGGGAAAGUAUCGCUGUCACGCGUCCAAUAAACUGGGAACGGCCAUAUCUGAGGAGAUUGAAUUCAUCGUGCCCCAUGUCCCAAAGUUCCCGAAAGAGAAGAUUGAACCCCUCAGAGUAGAGGAAGGGCAAGCAUUCAUUUUAGAAUGCAACCCCCCCAAAGGUAUUCCUCCUCUGCAGAUCUACUGGAUGACAUUAGGGCUCCAGCAUAUCGAGCAGGAUGAUAGGGUGUCCAUGGGCCUCAACGGCAAUCUGUACUUCUCCAACGCCUUGGAUAAGGACAGCCGCGGAGAUUACUGCUGUUACGCUGCCUUCCCGAAGAUACGCACCAUCGUCCAGAAAACGGCCAUGUCCGUGAUUGUCAGCAGUACCAAGUCUGUCAAUGACUCCGAUAGCGAUGCAAGUGCCAAUUCCAUUCUGGAAAGAAAACCCAGUCUUCUGGUGCCCCCUGGUGACAAUACGGAGAAAGGACUGGUGAAAGGAAACAAACUGGAGCUAGAAUGCAUUGCUGAAGGAUUUCCAACUCCAAGGAUAGAGUGGAUCAAAAUAGGCCAGGGAAUGUCGGAUAAAGCAAGCAUCGAAAACCACGGGAAGGUCCUGACCAUAUUGGAGGUUGAUGCAGAUGAUGAGGGGAAGUACAUGUGCAAAGCCAUGAACUCCCACGGAGAAACCGUCCACUACUUCCAUGUGAGAGUCGAAGAGCCUCCCCGGUGGCUGUUUGAGCCACAGAGCCAGUUGGCUACCAUAGGCUCAGAUGUGCACAUUAAGUGCUCAGCCACAGGAUUACCUCAGCCCACAAUAAAAUGGAGAAUGAACGGACAGCUUCUCGAGGCCACAUCGGUGCCCAACAGAAAUGUGCUUGAUGACACCAUUGUUCUGCGCAAUGUUAAGCCUAGCAACAGUGCAGUGUAUCAGUGUGAAGCAUCAAACAGGCACGGGACCCUUCUGGCCAACGCUAACAUCAUGGUUAUGAACUUGCCUCCUAUGAUUCUCACGGCGGACAAGCAAGAGUACGCCGCUACAGAGGGGAAAAGUGUGGUCAUGCACUGCAAGGUUUUCAGCUCUCCACCCUCCUCAAUCACCUGGACCAAGGAUGACACAACAAGCUCUGUGGAGGAACCAGGAUUCUCUGUUCAUGAGAAUGGCUCACUGGAAAUCCACAUUGCUGAGAAGGGGGACAUGGGACAGUACACCUGUUUUGCCACAAAUACUGAGGGCAAAUCUGCAAUUACUGCUUCGCUGGAAAUAAAAGAUCCUACCAGAAUAGUGGACCCACCGCAAGACCUGAGAAUCCUGAAGGGGAGCACUGCCCAAUUCACCUGCCAGGCCGAAUACGACAAGUCUUUCCAAAGUGACCUUGAAAUGCUUUGGGAAAAGGAUGAUGUGGAGUUAGUCUUCAACCACACUGAGAAUGCUGGGUUCUUUGUGGACGACGGGAUUCUGCAGAUCUUCAAUGUAAGCCAUGGAGACCAGGGCACGUACACAUGUAGGGCCGUAACCCCUCUGGAUGAGGACACGGCCACAGCUCAGCUCAUCGUGUUGGAUGUCCCAGAUGCUCCGGAGGACGUAGUGGUGGCGGAACACAAGAACAAGAGUGCAAAGCUGAAAUGGGUCCCCGGGGACGACCACAACAGCUCCAGAAAUGAGUUCGUUAUUGAAUAUGAGGAGAGUGAGUGGGAACCUGGAAAAUGGAAGGAGCUUCUGAGAGUUCCAGGAAACCAUGCGUCAGCUCUCCUCAAGUUAAACGGGCACGUGGACUACCAGUUCCGCGUGUUUGCCAUCAAUGCCAUUGGAGAGGGACCCCCCAGCGCACCCACAGAGCGAAUCAGGACUCCUCCUUCAGCUCCAGACAAGAACCCUGAAAACAUAAAAAUUGAAGGUCAUUUGCCCCAUGAAAUGGAUAUUAUCUGGGAGCCACUGUUGCCCAUUGAACACAAUGGCCCUGGUUUGGAGUACAAGGUGAGCUACAGGCUUCAGGGCACAGACAAGGACUGGGAGGAGCAUGUGGUGAAAAGGCACUCCUUUGUAGUGAAGAAUACCCCAACAUACGUCCCCUACGAGAUCAAGAUCCAGUCACGGAACCACCACGGCUGGGGACCAGAACCCAAAGUAGUGAUUGGAUACUCUGGGGAGGAUUUACCUGCCGCAGCCCCAGGCGAUGUUGCCGUAGAGGUUUUGAACAGCACCUUGAUCAAGGUCAGCUGGACACGGGUUGCCAAGGACAAGCUGAAUGGACACCUGGGAGGAUACAAGUUGAACUGGUGGAGACUCAGAAGCCUCCUGGAUUCAAAGAAGCCCCACGAUGUUAAGCACUUGAUGACAUUUCCGGGGGACAGGGACCACGGGUUUGUCCCAGGUCUGAAGCCUUUCUCUGAAUACAGUCUGCUGGUCAAGGCCUUCAACGGGAGGGGCAGUGGUCCCGGCAGCCACCCUGUCACCUUCAAGACUCCAGAGGGGGUUCCUGAGAAAAUCCCCUUUCUGAGAGCCACUAAUGUCCAAAAGGAUUCCCUCACACUGGUCUGGGCACCCUCACAGGAAGCCAACGGCGUCCACACGGGUUACCUCCUGCAGUACCAGCUGAUCAAUGACACUGAGGAGGUGGGAGAGCUGCAGACGGUGAACAUCUCGAGUCCCGACACCACCAAGUGGGUGCUGCAGGAUCUGGAGCCGCACAGCCUUUACAAGUUCUACCUGAGGUCCUGCACCAGGGUGGGCUGUGGCUCCCCUGUCAGCGAAGAGGGAAGCACCGUCACAGAAACAAAUGUCUCUUCAUCCACAGCUGCGGCACCCACUGUCGACCUCAGGCAGGUCUCCACACCCUCCUCUCCAAGUACUCCCUUAUCUCCUGUGGCUAAUGCCACACUUUCAUCUUUAGUUCCGAUCCUGUUCAAUAUUAGCUCCUCUGUUAGUGACAAGUUUGCAAAAAUCAGCUGGAUUCCCAGGAGCGAGCAAAAGGAGUCAGAGUUUUAUGUUGCGUAUAUGAACGACCGUAAAGGUAACUGGAAGAUUUCAGAGGCAGUAAACACGUCUAAGAGUUUCCACAUCAUUGAGGGGCUCGAACCCGGAACUGUGUACACAGUGCGGCUUAUGACUAAGAACUGGGUUGAUAAUUCUAGUAUUUUUGAAGAUGUUAUCAAGACCAGGGGGACAGGUCCGUCCAGCAUGCGUGGAGGAAUAUCCACCCAAGGGUGGUUCAUCGGCGUGAUGACUGCGGUGGCACUGCUCACACUUAUUGCGCUAAUUGCCUGCUUUGUCAACAGAAACAAAGGGGGAAAGUACUCCGUGAAAGAGAAGGAGGCUAUGCAUCCAGACCUUGAGUCCCAGGGGAUGAAUGAUGACACAUUCUGUGAAUACAGUGACAAUGAUGAAAAGCCACUGAAAGGGAGCCUGCAGUCUCUCGGUGGAGACAUUAAGGCAGCAGACAGUGGGGACAGCUUAGUGGACUACGGAGACGAGGACGGGCAGUUCAACGAGGACGGGUCCUUCAUUGGGGAGUACGCUGGCCACAAGCAGAGGGAAUCCAUGGAAGUCAAAGGAACGACUCAAAGCACAGCCUGAGGGAAAGGGGAUUUAAUCCAUCUUUAGGACAACACUGUAAUGCAAUUUGUGGGAAAGGGAAAAUAGAGAAAUAAAUGGCUUAAUCAAUGUGAAGCACAAUUUCAAGGGAAAAUGAAUGUUCUGUGUUUCAGCCACACUGCCAUCUUGACUCUGGAUAGUUCUGCGCCUGCAUACUGUAACAGAUUUGUGAUCAUUUCAAAUUUAUCUGGGGGUUGUUUUGUAUUACAAUAGAUCACUUCAGACUUGUGGAUCCAGAUCAUGUAUUUGAAUGCAGGAACUGUUUGUACUUAGCUCAAAUGUAAAAUACAAACACAUGCGCACACAUGCACACACACACCCACACACACAUAGACAUACACAUAUCCUCUCUUUUUUAUCUGCUAUGCAGGAAGUUUUUUUUUUUUUCUCCUCUACUUUCUCAUGCCCAUUUUUCAUGUUACAGCAUGCAAGUGUAUGUGAAUAUAUGAACUCAGCAUUUUUCUGCCGCAGCAAAUGUUAUUAGUUUGUAUUUCAGAUGCAGACAUUAAAUGCAAUGUACUAUGUGUAUAAAAGUUGUUUACUACUAAAUUAUUCCCCGUAAAGUGCUACAUACUCAAAGGUCUGUACAAGGGCUAAGUCAGUGGAAAAAAAAAUAAUACAACAAAUAAACUACAAUAAUAAAUACACUGGUUUCUAGCAACAAGUAAGAGUUUGCAGUGAAGGAAAUUCAAGAUUAUUGUGUAAAAUGCAAGCAGAACUUAUGUGAUCCAUAUAUUUUUAGUUUUUGCCAACUUUAAUAUUUUUGUUUCACAUAUUGUUUUUUAUCUAGCUGUACAUAUUAUAGAAAAGAAAAGAUAUUCAUUUGAUUUGUACAGUUAGGUGGGUCUAUUGCAAUGAAAUGAUAGCAGUAUUUCAGACUAAUAAUGAUAUUGUAUUCACUGUCUAGGUACAUAAAAACCUGAAUCAUAAACAACACAUUGCCCUUGAUUAUCACUCAUUUCCUUUUAACUGCCCCAAAACAGUCCAUGGCUGCCACGCUGGAGGAUGUUAGGGUUGGAAUCCAAUAUGACUGUGUGACUUUAAUUUUGGCAUUUUAACAAUAAAGCAGUAAUAGUAGUUAUCAUCGUCAUUGUCAUUACCAUCAUCAUAAUGUUUGUUACAUGACAACUUUUCUGUCAGUCAGUGCAUUAGGUCCAGAGAUCAGUGGGUCUAGAAUGCUGAUCCACACCUUCACUCAUAGUAUUUGGGAUUCAUUUGCAUGUGUACAGGGUGUAUUUUUUAUACACAUACCAACUUUGUAGUAUGUUGACCAUCUUCAUUGCAAUUGACCCUUUCAGUUUUAGUUUCUUUUUUUUUUUUUGUCUUUUUUAUUGUCGAAUGAUAAAUACCCAUACCAAGGCCUCAGGGAAGGACGAUCUCAAUAUUAGAAGCUCCCCCGUGCUUUUAUGUGGGUUAGUAAUACCUUUUUAUCUUUGAUAUUGGUAUUUCAUAUCCAGACACACACUAAUGUUGCCGUAAUGACCAACAUUAAACAUGUAAUGUGAUAUUCCUGUUUAAAAAAAAAAAAAAAAAAAAACCUUUUUCAAGAUGCAUGUUGUUGUGAUUGUAAAAAAACAACCACAAAACAUUUUGUAAAGUUUUGGGAAUUAAAAAAAAAAUGCAGUAUUCAGUAGUCACUGCAAAGUUCUGUUUAUAAAAAAUGUACUGUAUUGGGAUGUAAAUAAGAAAUAAUUUACUC